AGUCCGCACUAAGAAAUGCCAUCGCAGAGUAGAUAACCCACUAACACCGUCGAAAACGAGAAAACAUUACGACUUGCCGAACGAAAUUUCAAUACUCGUCUCAAGGAACAUUUUUUGACAGUGCCGCGUGAAGUUUGUGAUAAUUGUGAUAACAGGUUGUGGAGUACAAGUUUCCAACUGGAUUAACUGGAGCAGUACUGACCGGCCAUUAGUGUCUUUAUUCUUUCUCGAGCGAAAGGACAAAAGAUCAAAAAUCUUCGAAAAAAGAAAAUUCACAAUAGGAGUGCCAAGUGUCGGAAUGGUUCUUUGUGAGUUCAGUAACCUGCGAGCAUGAAGUAGAAUUAACAAUAUGACGAGCCAGAUUCAUCAAAGCAGACCAGGAAGUGGAUUUAGCCUCUCUGAGCUCGAUUUGGCAGCCAUAAGGAGACUACUAGACCAAGAACAUUCAGCCGGUACGAUAUGUCCCAGUUGCGAAAUGCCCUUUGAUAAAGGUAAAAAACGACGACUGAUUGACAACUGUGGCCACGAGAGAUGUUAUUCCUGCAUGUUCACGAACGAAGCUUGUCCGCUGUGUGGUUUGAAUGGAUCAACAAUUCAGAAUGGGGGAUCAAUGACGCAUGACUUGGGCUGUAAUGGACUCAGAGGAUCAGAAAUAACACUUUAUGGAGAAACACAGUUCAGUAUCGACAAAUCGGAAAAAAUGCAACCAAGAACCAAAGUCAAAACCAAUGGCCAUUUCACAACAUUCAUGCAGAGUCGUCAGGACCUAUCUACGUCUGGCACAGAGGCGGGCCACCCCGAGAAACUACCAAAGACCAGGCCCUCGAACCCGCGGCCCCGACCGACGCACUCCGACUCUGUGAUGACACAGAGCUGCCCCACUCCGCCCCAGGCGCGGAAGAAAUUCUUCCUCAACUCGAAGGUGCUCAGGAGUCCGCUGCUGAGCAGGAGCAGCAAGCAGCAGGAGACGGCGUUGUCGGCGGUAAUGACGUCAUCAACAACAUCGAACGAAGGAAGACAUUGGCCCAGCGUGGUUCUGGGAAAAAUCAGAUCACUUUGGUCGGCAGGAUCUUCUAGUUCCAACACUGGCCUCAAUCAACUAGUUACAUCAGAUGACGAAGCCACUCUCAAACCCGCCCCUAUAAAAAAAUCAUCCGAAAACGAUAUGUACAUGCGACUGGGGCUCCUUUUGGGCGAUGGUGCUAGGAGAUCAAAACGUACUCAAGGUCGUAACCAUGAGUCGUGCUCAUCACUUGCUAGCUGCGAAACUUCUGCGAUGUUAUCGACGAAUACGAGUCCAGUAUCGACUCUAACUGGAAGCUCAGAGGAUCAGCACAGAACCAACCCCAGUUCAGAUAGCGUAGGAUCGCUUAUGUCUAUGUCCAUGUCUGGACAAAGCAACUGCAGUUCCAGUCCUGUUAGUAGAAGGCAUAGUGUAACCACAUCACAACCUGGCCAUGUGGAAGACUUGAACCUCUUCAGAAAUAGAAGAACAUGCAUACGAAGAUCGGCAAGGACUGAUAAUGUCAAAGGUUCUGCAGACCCUCGAAUACGUUUCAGGCAGUACAAUAAUCCACAGCUCACACUAAAACCAUUGUUUUUCGAAGUACCUCUCCAAGAACCCGAUCCUAUAUUCCUUGGAAGGCACUGGCUCAUCAAAGAAAUAGAAAAUAUAACGGGUUCUUCAAGUCCUGGGGUUCUUAUUACCGGCAAUCCAGGAACAGGCAAAACUGCUCUCAUUCUGCAACUCGUAGAAUACAGCUGUUUUGGUCGCAGGAAAGAAUCAGUAUACCAAUCAGUACAUUCACCAGAACGAUCUCGUAGUCCCCAGAGCAUUUACUAUCAAAUAGACCUCGUCGCCGAUAAGAUCAAGAAGCUAGCUAGUACCAUAGUAGCGUACCACUUCUGCCAAGCUGAUAACAAUAACACUUGCCUAGUACCUGAUUUCAUCCACUCUUUGGCAGCACAGUUGUGUCAAGCUCCACAACUAGCAUCAUAUAGAGAGCACCUGCUGAACGAGCAACACCUUCAAAAUAUCCUAUCUAUCAAAGAAUGUAUAGCAAACCCUGACAUUGCUUUCACCAGUGGAAUUCUUGAACCUCUAGCUAGCUUAAGACGAGUGGGUAAAAUUGACAAUGCCAACUGUGUUAUACUUAUUGAUGCCUUGUGUGAAGCCGAAUAUCACAGGCCUGAUCAUGGUGAUACUAUAACCACAUUCCUAGUUAAGCACAUGUCAAGCUUUCCUUCUUGGUUGAAAGUAGUAGGAACGGUGAGGACACAGCUGCAAGAACUGACAAAGCAACUCCCCUAUACUAGGAUAUCUUUGGAUAAUGUACACUCGAAUGAAAAUAUACAAAAAGAUAUUCUAGGAUAUAUAAACUUCAGGCUGCAAAAUAGUCCUACGAUACAAAGUAAUAUAACGAUACCUGGUGCGAAGCAGGAAAGCAAUAGUGUGUCACAACACAAAUUCUCGCAGCAUCUACUUAGUUCUAGUCAAGGCUCUCUUCUAUUCGCCAAACUCACUCUGGAUUUACUAGAAAGAGGGCAACUGGUUGUGAAAUCUUCAGGUUACAGAGUACUACCCAUAACCUUAGCUGAAAUCUAUCUACUUCACUUCAAUUUGAGGUUUCCAACAAUACGUUCUUAUGAGAAAGUGAUCCAUAUACUCAGCGUUUGUUUGGCAGCACUUUAUCCCUUAACACUAUUAGAAAUAUAUUAUUCCCUGAAUUCCAUAUUAGUGGAUAAUUUCUUGCCAUGGAGCGAGUUCCUACAAAGAUUCAAGUUAUUAUCUGGAUUCCUCGUAAAGAGGUUAGACAAUACCUAUAUGUUUUUCCAUCCUUCAUUCAGAGAGUGGCUCAUAAGAAGAGACGAGAAUGAGCCUACGAAGUUUCUCUGCGAGCUUAGAUCCGGGCAUGCAGGAAUUGGCUUCAGACUCUCUCGGGUUCAGGCUCCCUUAGAUCCUGAAAAAACUUUAGAACUAGGGCACCACAUACUGAAGGCACAUGUAUAUAGGAAUAUGUCGCUGCCAGCCAUAAGUUCCAGGGAUUUACAGGCUUUCUGGAUAUCCGAGAGUUCUGAGAAUGUGUCAGCCGCUGUUUGUCACCUGAGGAAUAUCUACAAUCCGAAUGUGAAGGUUUCCCGAUUGUUGCUGCUGGCUGGAGCAUCUCCUAACCAUAUUACUGAUUUUUUGGGGAAUGCUCCUGUACUGUGCAUGUUCUCCAAUGAAGGCAUCGUCCCCAUGGUAUCCCUCCUCCUCGAAUUCGGCGCCGACGUCGAACUGACCAACAGCCAGGGCUGCACCGCCCUGGCCCUCGCCUCCGCCAAGGGCCACUGCGACGUGGUGAGGCAGCUCAUCGCAGCAGGCGCCUCUCCCGGCCACGCAGACACCGCCGGCCACUGCCCGUUGGGCCACGCGGCGCGCAAUGGCCGCCUCAACGUCGUCGGGUACCUGCUGGCAUGCGACUGGGUGGGGAGGGGCGGGAAAGGGGAGGACGUGGGAUUGGCGGAGGCCGCGCAGCAGGCGCUCGUGGCCGCUGCCGGGCAGGGCCACGCGGAGAUCGUGGAGUAUUUGCUGGAUAUGGCGGAGGUGGACGUGGAUCUGGCCGAUUCCAUUACGGGUGAAACCGCCCUAACUAUCGCCGCAGCAAACGGGUGCCACACAGUGUGCUCAGCACUCAUCAACAGGGGUGCGAACAUCUCUACUACCAACCGAAAAGAUCUGUCACCACUGCUCUUGGCAGUGAAAGAAGGGCAUUGGGCGGUCGCCGAAAGACUGAUACAAAACUAUGCGGCCAUUGAACAAUGCGAUUCUGUUGGUCGGUCUCCCCUCAUGGUUGCUUCUUCAGAGGGACACUUAGGAAUCAUCGAGCUAUUGUUAGAUCGAGGUGCAGAUAUAAACAAAGAAGAUCGCGAAGGUCUAACCUCCCUCUGCUGGGCCUGCCUCAGGGGCAAACUCCAAGCGGCCCAGUGCCUCGUGGAACGCGGGGCAGACAUCAACCACAACGACAAAACCGGUCGCACCCCCCUGGAUCUGGCAGCCUUCCAGGGCAACCCCACGCUGGUGCAGUUCCUGCUGGACAGGGGCGCGUUGAUCGAACACGUGGACAUCAAUGGCAUGCGGCCGCUGGACAGGGCUAUCGGCUGCAGGAACAUACAGGUCGUUCAGUGCUUCCUGAAGAAGGGGGCUAAGUUGGGACCAGCUACUUGGGCCAUGGCAGCAGGCAAACCAGAUAUCAUGCUCAUACUUCUCAACAAACUUUUGGAAGACGGCAACAUCCUUUAUCGUAAAAGUAGACUCCGAGAAGCAGCCCAUCGCUACCAGUAUGCCCUCAAAAAAUUCCCUACAGAAGACCAGGCAGAACAUAACAAGACCUUCAAUCAACUAAAAAUCAACUUCUUGCUGAAUUAUUCCCGAUGUAAAAGGAAACUGAACGAACCAGAAGAUGCUGUUGAACUGGCCAACCAAGUCAUUGAAAUGAAGCCCGACUCGUACGAAGCCUUCUACGCUAGAUCCAAGGCAAAAAUCGACAUGAGAAUGUACGAGAGUGCCUUGAGUGACGUCAAAGAAUCCCAACGUCGAGCGCCAUCUCAAGGUAGUGAGAUGAAAGUACUGAAUUGCCUCCUAGAAGAAAUAGCUAAUAAAAUGUCUUCUGCAAGAAGCAUAUCACAUCAAAGAGACUUUGCUAUUUCUGUAGAUACAUUACAUGAAUAGACUAGGAAUAUUUGAAAUUAUAUUGAACGAGUGCCUUAUGGAGUGCAUUAUUUAAAAGACUGAGUCAAAAUUGAAUAUUGUGAAUAUAGGUACUUUAUAGGAUACGUAUACGCUCUGUAUAUAACUUGAUUUUAUUUAUUUGACUGUUGAUUUUUGUUUUUCUUCGAGAUUUUUCUCAUCAUUCCCGUAGAUACGAUUGUUCAGAUUGUUAUUUAUUAUUUCAAAGAUUUUUUUAUGUAAAAAAUUCUCUUAUUCGGAUAGAAACAUAUUUUUCAGGUUCAUAAAACAAAAUAAUGUGAUGUUAUGUUCCUAUCAGAUUUUUAUGUUCAUCCAUGAUUUAGUAUACUCUGGUUCUCUUGUCACUUCAUCACCAAUAAUUUUUCACUCAAUUCAAUUUGUAGAUAUAUCGGGUGAUCUGAAUUUUCGAUUUCUGGCCGUAAUAUAUUCAAUAAUAUGAAUUUUUUCAGCAUGAUACAAUGCUGAAUUCAUACGUGAACUUUUUCCCUACUUAUUUUGUACAUUUCAGAAUAAAUCAAUAUAGCUUUAUGUUAGUUGUUCCUUCGUUAUUUUUUAUAGGUGAAAAUUCGAUACAAUGCAAUUCAUUUAAUAGAAUAGUUUUAAUUAUUUGUUAAUGAUUAUUACAUGAAUAUCUGCAAGUUGUGUAUUAAAUACUUGAUUCUUGCCAAGCAUUUUUUUAUGUACAUCCAAUUAUAUUCAGUAUUUUACAAGUUUUGGCAGUACAACUGUGUUGUGUGAGAAAUGUUUUAUUUAUUGAGUAAGAUUAUAAAGGUGCUAUAUCUCCCAGAAAAUUGUAUUUUGAUGAAAUGCAAUAAAGAUUAUAAUCACUU